AUGGAACUCGGCGACUACAAGACCGAGCUGUACCGACGAGAUCCUAGUACCGAGGAGGAUGCGAGACAAGUCUGGGAUCGGCUGAGCCGAAUCCCCGAAGCGAUAGCAAGAGAAAAACUGCCGGAGCCCAUCGAGGAGAAAACGUCGACAUCACCGCCGAACCUGCAAGGUCCACCGCUGCCCACAAAGCAGGAACCACCGGGGGUCGUGGGGCUCGCCGACCGAGGCACCAGGAAACCGGCCGCGAACACCAGCGGCCGCCUACAGCGGUCGGACCACGUGAUCCGCCGGAAGUGGGCAGGUCUGAUGGCACCACCGCCUCCAUGCCCCGGGCGAGGACCCUACCGUCGUCCGGUCAAGCAGCCGAUCAGACCGGCCCCGAGCGGACUGAUAACAACCACCACCGAGGGGCCGACCGAUCAAGCGGAAGAACGACCACCGACUCCUGCCGCCGUCACCGUCCGCACGCAACCAGCGGAGGAAAAGACGACACCAACCGGCCCCCGAGUCCGCGAGAUCAUCACACCGGCUGUACGCGUGAUACUCCAGCGGACGCCAGAACCGAACACCGGGCUACCGCCACCACCAGCGACCGAAGAGACAGAACCACCGAGGGAGGUAACGCCGUCGCUUCCACCGAUUCUGCCACCCGUGUUCGGGCCAGAACCACCUCCACCAGUGGCCAUCGUGCUGCAGAACGGCGAGACGAGGUCGCCGAUGGGAUUUUGCACAUCAUUGAGGAACGUUCAAGCCAGUUUUCGCCAGAGGUUGGCCAAUGAUGUGCAAAAUCCCAUUGGCGACCUCUACGUGGUGCACAUCGGGUGA